GGAAAUGGACAUCUGAUAACUAGGGUAAGGUUUUCGUCGUUUACUCGCGUCACUCGAGUCGACUCCAUUGCCGAGUUUACCCGGGUGAAACAUCCCGAACGGUCCGAGUAGUCACAUGACAUCAAAACAGUUACGACGUCAGUAUGUGAUCGAGAGACAGGCUUUUUUGCGCAUAGGACGCCAUUUUGUCACGUGACAAACCCUUUUAAUAUUCGCUCAAGCGGAAGUAAACGGGUUAGUCACUUGAUGCGACUCGAGUCAGUCAUAUGACCAACUCGAUUCAAAACGCGAACGGUCUGGUGUCGACUCGAGUGACUCGGGUGAACAACGAAAACCUUACCAAAGAACCAGUUUUCUUUUCUUCACGCAGUAUACCCCUUCUGUUGAAGUUGACGAUCAGUCCCACUUAUUGUUUUCCACUUGACUAACCUUGUUUUGACCCGUUAAAUCAACUUGUAUCUGUAGACCUCACCUGUAAACAUCAACAAUUGAUAACAUCAUGAUCACAAUGAAUUGUUCCGGAAAUGCACAUUGGAUAACAAAGAACUAGUUAUCUUUAGUCCCGCUUAUUGUUUACCAGAUCUGUGACCUUGUUUUGAUCCGUUAAUUCAACUUGUAUCUGUAGACCUGACCUGUAAACAUCAACAGUUGACAAUAACAACACAAUGGAAACUAAUGAUGUUAAAACUUUCCAUCAGUGUGUUGUAUGUGAUGAGAUUUUUCAACAAUAUGAUGAUUUAGAAAAACACAAUAAGAUACAUAUUAAAGAAGAGAAAACUGAUGAUGUAGAUGAAUAUUGUCAUGUUAAAGAAGAAGAGAAAACUGAUGAUGUAGAUGGAUAUUGUCAUGUUAAAGAUGAGAAAACUGAUGAUGUAGAUGGAUAUUAUCAUGUUAAAGAAGAGAAAACUGAUGAUGUUGAAACUGUUUAUCAGUGUAAUUUGUGUGAUGAAGAAUUUAAAUUAGAAACUGAUUUAGAGAAACACUGUGAAAUACAUGUUAAAGAAGAGGAUUCUGUUUUACAACAUGGUAAAUGUGAUAUUUGUGAUAUGUCGUUUAGUAAGAAUAGUUGUCUAAAAUUACACAGGAUAAUUCAUACUGGAGCGAAAACGCUUCCAUGUAAUGUUUGUAGUAAAUCAUUUAGUCAGAAAGGACAUCUACAGAGACACAUGAGAAUUCAUACUGGUGAAAAACCUUAUAUAUGUGAUGUUUGUAGUGAAUCAUUUAGUCAGAAAGGACAACUACAGAGACACAUGAGAAUUCAUACUGGCGAAAGGCCUUAUAAAUGUGAUGUUUGUAGUAAAUCAUUCACAGGCAGUAGUCAACUACAGAGACACCUCAGAAUUCAUACUGGCGAAAAACCGUUUGAAUGUGAUGUUUGUAGUAAAUCAUUUAAUGUGAGUGGUUCUCUACAAACACACAUAAGAAUUCAUACUGGUGAAAAACCUUAUAAAUGUAAUGUUUGUAGUAAAUCAUUCACACAUAGUAGUUCUCUACGGUCACACAUUAGAACUCAUACUGGCGAACACUCAUUUCAAUGUGAUGUUUGUAGCAAAUUAUUUACACAGAAAAAUAAUCUACAGAGACACAUGAGAAUUCAUACUGGCGAACACUCAUUUCAAUGUAAUGUUUGUAGUAAAUCAUUUGUUACGAAUAGUCAUUUGAAGAGACACAUGAGAAUUCAUACUGGAAAAAACCCUUAUAAUUGUGAUGUUUGUAGUGAAUCAUUUACUCGGAGUUGUUCUCUAGAACAACACAUAAGAUCUCAUACACUAGGAAAAAACGUAUGAUUCUGGUGUUAGUCUUUUAGUGUGCAAACACACAGGAGAAAAACUUAUAAAUGUAAUAUUUGUAGUAAAUCGUUCAAAGUGGUUCUAUACACCAUCAUAAACAUUUAAACAAACAAGCACAAAAGGAAUUGUGAGCAAACAAACCUUUCCAUCUCCCCUCCUUCGAUUGAAAUGAAAUAAAAUGUUGUUUAAUGUCCUACUGGUCUCCUCAAACCGGGCUCAUAUAGAUGGGCAUACGUCAUGCUUUUUGCUGUGGGAGUCAUAAAGAUGGGCAUAUGUCAUGCCUUUUGCUAUGGGGGUAAUAAAGAUGGGCAUAUGUCAUGCCUUUUGCUAUGGGGGUAAUAAAGAUGGGCAUAUGUCAUGCCUUUUGCUAUGGGGGUAAUAAAGAUGGGCAUAUGUCAUGCCUUUUGCUAUGGGGCUCAUAAAGAUGGGUACACACCAUGCCUUUUGCUAUGAGCGUAAUAAAGAUGGGCAUAUGUCAUGCCUUGUGCUAUGAGGGUAAUAAAGAUGGGCAUAUGUCAUGCCUUGUGCUAUGAGGGUAAUAAAGAUGGGCAUACGUCAUGCCUUGUUCUAUGAGGGUAAUAAAGAUGGGCAUACGUCAUGCCUUGUGCUAUGAGCGUAAUAAAGAUGGGCAUGCUUUUAUUUCAAAUUCCAACUGCUAAUGGUUCUUUUAAGAGCACGACAACACGCACAAAGGACCCAGGAUUUUUGCCCUAUCCAAAUGACUGCACCAAAUAUAUUCCCAUUUGUUAAUUAAGUCAAAUGUAAUACUGGAGUAAGGUCUGUCAUUGAGUCAACUGGCAUAGUUUGAAUUCCCCAGUUGUACAUGACAAGGCGUUGGGUCGCCUGUCCAACCUCGUGGGUUUUCUCUGGGUCCUCCAGUUUCCUCCAACUGCUAAAGACCCCUACACACAUGCGAAUUAUUGAAAUAAAAUUGAAAAAUAUGUUAGUCUCGAAAUAACGGUUUUAGAUUUACCUCACAAAAUGUCAGGCAUUAAUGAAAGAGUACCUGACAUUUUCAACUUAUUGCCGGACAUGUAUUAAUAAUAUCAACAAAAAAGACAGAUCAGUGCCAGACAAAAUGACAGGCACCAGAGGUUUUGUGCCUGACAAAGCCUGAAUCUGUGCCUGACAUUGUCUGUGACAGGUGCCUUAUUCCC